AUAUGUUGCCAACGGGAUAUCGCCAUGCGUUUUUAAUUCGAAAUCCUGUCAAAAUAUUUGCAUCUUGGAAGAAAGUAAUAAAUUCAUAUGGUAGUGAAUGUUCUCAUGAUUUUAACUUGAUGGAGAAUAACGGUGUCAUUAUCCCUAAAAAAUACGCAUUUGGAGAAAGCUUUGAACUUUACGAGCAUCUGGUCAAAACAGGAAUCGAACCAAACCCUGUCAUUAUUGAUUCUGAUGAUCUUCUAGAAAACCCAGAGUCGAUUUUAAGGCAGUUUUGUGAUGGCAUAGGAAUUCAGUAUACAGAUAAACUGAUGAGUUGGAAUGCUGGAGAUAGUAUAGUACAGGAAUGGAAGAUACCGAAGGUGUAUUUACAAGGAAACCAAGUAUUUGGUUAUUAUAAAAAAGCAUUUUCUAGCCGGAAUUUUGUCAAGCCUAGUCCCACGCCUGAUCGAUCUGACUUGCCAAAUGAUGUCAACACUUGUAUUGACGCAGCAAUGCCGUAUUACGAAAAAAUGUACGCUCUAAGAUUGACAGCAGAGAAGAAGGAUACAUGAGAGUUAUGUAACUUGAAAUGUAAUUUAAAAAAGAAGUCAAGUGUUAAAUGCUGAAUAUGAAUAAUAAAAAAGUAAUUAAAACAAAACAUGAGCUUUAACAUUGAUACAUAUCAAAUUUCAUAUUUAUUGCCACCUUCAAUUUCAUUGUAUACAAACGAGCGUCUCAUAUGCUACAUUCAUAUGUCCAACAAAAUAAUGACAUUUAAUGGUGAUGCUAAAGUAAAUGCUAUAUUUAACCUGAAAAGGUAUAGCAAGUCAGAUUAUAGAAAAAUCGAGGCUAUUAUACCUUGGAUUAUUUGUAUACCAAACCAUAAUAUGGUAAUCUGUCAUAAUAAAUACUAGACUUCAACAUUCAAACGACUGGUGGGUAUUCCUCUAUAUUUGUCGCAUUCUUUGGAAGACUAAAUACUCCCCUCUAUCAAGCUUUUUAUCAAAUUUUAUUUGUCAAAACUUUUAAAAUUCAGUCCAAAAUUUGGUGAAAUUUAACCAUCCGAUUGGCUGCCUGCAGCCAGUUUUCACAUUGCCGUAUUUUAAAGUGAAAUUAGCAUUGAUACAACUAAAACAUACACAUUUCAAGUAAGAUAAUGAUCUUACUGCAUUCACCUAGACAGUACAAUGGAUCAUUCCGAAUGGUAAAACUUAACAACUGACCAAUUAAAACGUGCUAGUUACAGGCUCAGGAAUACUGUACAUGCACGUUUUACAAUCACACAAGUUUAUGUACUGUAUGUUUACAGUAUUUUUUUUUGUGGGAUCUUAGAACAAUAUCCAAGGGGUGGAGCUUUAAGGGGAAAGUCAUCCUCUUGGUUCUAUGUAAUUACUGUAGUUUAAGUUAGUCCAUUCACAAUCUUUAAAGCUGUACUAGUCUUUAGGUCUCUACUACCAUACUAUCUAUUCCCAGUGUACAGUACUUGCUAUUCCCAGCACACUGUCACUCUGCCCCAUAUGCUACUAGUAUGCUGCAGUCCCUACCAUUACUUUUCCUAGCAAACUGGCACCACCAUGGCAUACUGCCUGUAGCACAUUAUUUUUCCCUCCCCUUGUGUUAUACUGACUUCCCCACUGCAAAGGUGAUAGUGCACCCCUAGUGUAUCGUCCAGUCUUUAGCACAUUGUCCCUCUGCAAUAGAAUCAUGUCACUCCCCUAGCAUAUUUUCCCUUCUCAUAGUAUAGCACUGCCCUGUCACUACCAUACACACAUAUUUUUUAAAAUGUCAAAGAAUGCAUUUUCUAUUUUCAAACUUGGUGGUUCAUGGUAUCCAAAAAAAAAUCUAUAUAAAAAUGUGAUUAUUAAACCAACAAACAUGUAUACACAGUAAA